CGUGUCUAGUUCACGUGUCUAGUUCUCCAUCAGAUUCUAUGACCUGCAGUGUUGGAAAAAGUACUCAUUUACUUAAGUAAAAGUAUGUAAGUAUUACCAUUACUAUAAUUACCAAGUUAAAGCUAAAGUACAAAAUUAGCAGAAAAUCGGGGUGUGACUGAUAUAUAUGAAAUACCUUUAAGUGCAUCAUUGAAUACUUAUGAGUCGGUGCAUAAGCAGCCGAUUUUCUGGAAAGUAGUACUUUUUCCAAUACUGCAGAUCACAGAAUCUGAUGGGUCACCAAAAAUGGUGUAACACUGUCGACUUUUUACCGUUGUUGCUUAAAUGUUCAUUUACUUUGUCAAACUUCAUUGCAUGUCUCAGUCAAAAUGCUGGUCCAGGUGAAGUACAGCCAACAGCAGAAGUAUGUAAAGUUGGACGACGAUGAAGGACUGUUUGACUUUCUGCAAUUCCAUGAAAAGGGUUAGUAUGGCUUACAAAAAAGGUUUUAAACCACAUCCAUGUUCUUUUUAAAGCUCUUUACAUGCCUUUAUCAGACUCUUAUACUGUAAAUGGGUGUACAUUGCUAAACAUUUUCGGUUCUGCUAUGUGUGCUUCAUGAAGUGUAAAGUAUAAUAUACACCAAAACAGUCAAUAAAAAAAAGGCAAUCAGCAAUUUUUAAAUUUGGACUUGGAAGGGAAUGGGUUUUGUGAGGGACAAAUGCUCUAUGUCUAUUUAAUGAUUAUACAGUGUUGGAUGUAUGUAUUUAACAUGAACAGUUAUUGGCUGUGAGGCAAGAAACAGUGCGGACUUCAAAAGCACAUUCAGUUUGACCUUAUCUAUUCCAGUCAUGGAGAGAUUUGCCCUGCCACCUGAUGCAAAUGUUAUAUACAAGGAUGCAACAGGGACAGAAGUUGAUGCAGAAAUAUUCAGCGACCUCGCUGGACAAGGCAAUGUGGUCCUGACAGUUUUCUCAGAUCAGGAAUUCUCUGAUUUCUCCUUGUCUUCUGAGACGUCUGACUCAAGCUUCAGCUCAAGUGCAUCAACUACAAUCCUAGAUGUUCCUAACAAGAGACAAAGAAUUGAGGAUACACGUGAUGCUGUGUCUGCUAAACAGUUGAUAGAAGCUGUGCUAAGAGGCAAGUCCGGAGGUGAAGAAGUACUACAGGAGUACCAAACAACAGAAACCCUAACAGAUGCUGCAAGAAGACAAAUGGUUAAUAUCCUGGUGGCUCACAUGAUUGACAAUCAUGGGCACUGCCCCACUAAAACAAUCAGAAGAUUAUGCACGUGGGAUAGUGAUGCUGUUCCCUUCCCUUAAGGAUCCAUACUCCAAGAAGGGCUAUGAACACUUCUAUGAUGCUGCAAGCAGCACGGGAUACAUUUCUUGGCGUCUGAAAACAGUCCAGAGGAAGAUUCGUCAAGGAUCUGCACAGCCACCAAAUAGCCCAAUUGACUUUUCUCCAGGAGGCCCAAAUUGCCAAAGGACUGUUAAUGUUGAAGGGCAGCUUGAUGGUGAUGCUUGCCAAGAGGCCAUGUCUUUGCUUAACCAUACAGCAGACAAUUCCCUGAUUUUCCAGAAGAUGAGUGAGACCUUUCAGCAUCGUCAGAAGCUUGUUAAUGACCCAGGCAGAAGUGUUGAUAUACUCUCCAGCUUCCCGAGAUUUCUGGAUACAAAAGGAUUGGUGGACCAAGACUUCACUCUCCUAUUUGACGAAGACACAUCCUCCAGGCUUCUUCAGAAAUGGGAUUUGUUCUUCAAGCCAAAUGUCAUUAAAGAGGCUAAGCGGCUCACCUCAACACCAGAGUUGCGUCGCUUGGUGCAGUCAGCAGAAAGUCCCCCAGGAAGUGAUCUUGAUGAGGCAACAACCUACGACCAAGAAAUGGCCUCCCUGUUGUUGCUGUUACAUCUCCUUCCACCACCUCCAGGGGGACUGAAGUCUCCAAAAAUGAGUGCAUGUGAUGCAGUUGAAAGACUUGUUGUCUUUCAUAAGUCAUGCUGCAGUUUGGAGGAGCAUCUCCGCAACCAGCAGGGUCGGCAGCCGUACCUCCUCGCUGUUGGGCGUCAGAAGAGCAAGAUUGACAGCUUCUACAUCACCAUGGAUAAGCGUCUCAUCCCAUGCAAGGCAAACCGCUCCCUCGGGGCAUGUGAUGAACUUUUCAAAGCACAUUUUGUGUUUAAUUUGUCUUACGAUGUGGCACUUGUGAAUUUUUAUACAUUCCUGCAGACAACAGUGUAUAAGAUUGAUGUGGGGAAAAUGAAGGAGUCACCCAGAGUUAAAGACUUGAGAGCAAGACUGCUUAACCAGCCAGUAGCAUUCUCACCCUGUGAGUAAGAAGCUAUAACAAUGCUGACCUGUUUCAUGUGUCAGAAAAAUUAUCCCAGCAGUCAGCAGUUGAUUUC